AUGGCUGGCGCUAAAGCGACUGUGCCCACGCUGGAAGUCAUCCGCGACAUCCUCCGCACGCCGAUUGCCGACGGCGGUUUAAAACCUACCCUCGUCCCGGUCUAUCGCCAAAUCUCCUCCGACCUCAUCACACCCUCGGCCGCCUACCUCAAAGUAUCCGCCCACGCCGCUUCUUCCUCCUCGUCUUCCACCGCUACCACCACCACCACCACACCCUCCUCGCCGUAUUCCUUUCUGUUCGAAUCCGCCGCCACCGAGCAAGUCGGCCGGUACAGCUUCGUCGGCGCCAAUCCGCGCAAGAUUCUCACCACCGGCCCCGGGCAUGGCCCCGCGACGGACCCCCUGCCGCUGCUCGAGGCCGAGCUCGCGCGGCACGUCGUCGCGCACGUUCCCGGGCUGCAGCUCCCUCCGCUCACCGGCGGCGCCAUCGGCUACAUUGGCUACGACUGCGUGCGCUAUUUCGAGCCCAAGACGGCACGGUCGCUUGAAGACGUGCUGCGGAUCCCCGAGUCGCUGUUUAUGCUGUUUGACACUAUUGUCGCCUUUGACCGCUUCUACGGCGUCAUCAAGGUCAUCAGCUACGUGCGGGUACCCGCCGAUGACGACGCGGGCGCUCUCGAGGCCGCCUACAAGGAAGCCACCGCGUCGAUUGACGAGCUCGUUGACGUGCUCAAUGCCCCCGAGGUGCCCAUGCCGCCGCAAGGGCCUGUGCAGCUCGGCCGCGAGGCCACGUCCAACAUUGGCCAGGCCGGCUACGAAGCGCACGUCACCAAGCUCAAGGAGCACAUCUACAAGGGCGACAUCUUCCAGGCCGUUCCCUCGCAGCGAUUCGCGCGUCCGACUGACCUCCACCCCUUUAACAUUUACCGGCACCUGCGCACCGUCAACCCCUCCCCUUACCUCUUCUACAUUGACUGCCGCGACUUUCAAAUCAUUGGCGCCUCGCCCGAGCUGCUCGUCAAGAGCGAGGACGGCCGCAUCAUCACGCACCCCAUUGCCGGUACCGUCAAGCGCGGCCGCACCCCCGCCGAGGACGACGCCCUCGCCGCCACGCUCCGCAGCUCGCUAAAGGACCGCGCCGAGCACGUCAUGCUCGUCGACCUCGCCCGCAACGACGUCAACCGCGUCGGGGACCCCCACACCGUGCGGGUCGACCGCCUACUCGGCGUCGAGCGCUUCAGCCACGUCCAGCACCUCGUCUCGCAGGUCUCGGGCGUCCUGCGUCCCGACCAGACGCGCUUCGACGCCUUUCGCAGCAUCUUCCCCGCCGGCACCGUCUCCGGCGCGCCCAAGGUCCGCGCCAUGGAGCUCAUCGCCGAGCUUGAGCGCGAGAAGCGCGGCGUCUACGCGGGCGCCGUUGGCUACUUUGGGUACGGCGGCGUCGACGCCGACGGGGCGCCUGUCGAGGGCGCCAUGGACACGUGCAUUGCGCUGCGCACCAUGCUGUACAAGGAGGGCACGGCGUACCUGCAGGCGGGCGGCGGCAUCGUGCUCGACUCGGACGAGUAUGACGAGUGGAUGGAGACGAUUAAUAAGUUGGGCGCGAGCAUGCACUGCAUCAAGUCGGCCGAGGAAAUGUACCACGCGGAGCAAAACGGGGCAUAA